AAACGACACUGAACUCACCGAUAACGCAGUUUACUGUCGCCGUCGUCUGUGUAAACUCGCUUUACCGAAAUGGCAGUUUCCGGCUUACUUCUGAGUUGGGCUUCUCAGGCGCUUCUGUUUCUGCUACUGAUGCUUUUCAUAGCUUUUCUUGGCUACUGCGCGUAUAUUAAAUACACUCACCUGAAAUACGACCACAUUCCGGGGCCACCUAGGGACAGCUUUAUCCUCGGACAUGCACCGACGUUUUUGAAGUACAUGAAAGAAGAGAAGAUUGUGCAUGACAAAUUCCUCGAGUGGGCUGAGACUUAUGGGACUGUAUACAGAAUCAACUUUCUUCACACCAUUAUAGUGUGUACAACCUGUCCAGACACAACCAAGGAAGUCCUGAUGUCUCCAAAGUACCCUAAAGAUAAGUUCCUCCACAACAGACUCUUCAAUCUGUUUGGCCAAAGGUUUUUGGGUAACGGACUGGUAACAGCACGGGAUCAUGAUCAGUGGUAUAAACAACGUCGGAUCAUGGACCCCGCCUUCAGCAGCUUGUAUUUGAGAGGUCUGAUGGGAACUUUCAAUGAGACAGCAGAGAAACUGAUGGAUAAACUUACAGAAUUUGCUGAUAGUCAAACAGAGACCAACAUGCUUGGACUCGUCAACUGUGUUACCCUAGAUGUUAUUACUAAGGUUGCCUUUGGUGUGGAUUUAGACUUCCUGGCGAAGAGUUCUCCUUUGCCUAAAGCCAUCGAAGCGUGCCUGAAAGGGAUGGUGUACAAUGUUAGAGACAUUUUCUUUGAGUACGUGCCAAAGAACUGGCCAUUCGUUAAAGAAGUGAGGGACGCAUGCCGCCUGCUGCGCACAACUGGAGCUCAGUGGAUCCAUGAAAGAAAGACUGCCAUAAAUAAUGGAGAUGAAGUCCCCAAGGACAUCCUGACGCAAAUCAUCAAAUCUGCUGGCAAAGAGGAAAACAUGACUAAAGAAGAUGAGGAGUUUAUGUUGGACAAUUUUGUGACAUUCUUCAUUGCGGGUCAAGAAACAACAGCCAAUCAACUGGCUUUCUGCAUCCAGGAACUCACAAGACAUCCUGAUAUACUGGAGAAAGUGAGGAAAGAAGUGGAUGAUGUUGUUGGGAUGAAACAGGACGUUAGCUAUGAUGACCUGGGUAAACUGAUCUACCUCUCACAGGUGCUGAAAGAGACACUGAGAAUGUACCCGACAGCUCCAGGAACAUCCCGCGAAAUAGCGAAAGACAUGGUCAUUGAUGGUAUCCACAUACCUGGAGGAUUCAAUUGCAUAUUCAGCUCCUAUGUGACUUCAAGAAUGAAUAAAUUCUUCAAGGACCCGCUGACAUUUGAUCCUGACAGAUUUCACCCUGAUGCUCCCAAGCCUUAUUACUGCUACUACCCCUUUUCCCUCGGUCCACGCUCUUGCCUGGGACAGAACUUUGCUCAGAUGGAGGCCAAAGUGGUGAUGGCCAAGUUGGUCCAGAGGUUUGAUUUCAGCCUCGUCCCUGGACAAACCUUCGACAUCCGGGACACAGGCACACUCAGGCCAAAGAGUGGAGUCGUGUGCACUGUUAGACACCGAAAGUACAAAAAUUAAAUGUUCACGGAGUACCGUAACAGUUAAUGGAACAAUAAUGGAGCAUGUGGUGAAACUUCCUGGUGGGUUGCUUACUCUAGCUGAGCUCUGUACUCUUGUAUCAGCCAGAAGCCUCUUACACUGCAAGACAUUUACUGUUAAUUUUUGAAAUCAUCUGCAAAGAAAAUAGCGUCGUGUUUGAUUUAAAUACACACUACAUUCAUAUGAAAUUAUUCUGAUCAUUGCUGCUGCUUCCUAACAAUAAUGAAGAUAUAGGAAAGCUUUUUUAAGGGGGAAUAUCAUGUAAUCUUGCACAAAUAAUCAUUUAGUUCUGUAUGAUUACAAUACUUUCUAUAACCACUGAACAACUGUUUUAUGCAUGUAACACUAAUAUAUAAACACUGAAUAUCACAGUUUUACACAAAUUCAAAUAAAGAACAUUGUUACAAUCA